CUGGAUGACAGCGGCUGCCAACGACGGGACGUAGGGUGACGUCGGUGAGGUGAGAAAGUAUGGAGCGUUCAUCGGGCGUCGCAGUUACACCUCGCUCGAGUCGUUACUGCAUUUAGCCUUACGAUAGAUCUCGAUAGUCUUUAAUGCGACAGAAACAGAACGUUGUUGAGGCACAGUAAUCCAAACUCCUGUAAGGAGAGAUGGAUACGGUGUGCGAUGAGGACAGGCGGAGACGCCUGUGGGCCUUGGAGGAGCGUAUAAAGGAUCCUAGAAGCGUCACGAAUAUCGACUGCUUGCUGGACACGGUUCAAGCCCUGGUAACAGAUUGCGAUCAUGCCAGUGUGAAACGUAUGAAAAACAUAGAAGCUUAUAUGAAUAGAUAUGACUCUGUAGCCCAAGAGAUUUACAAAAUGCGAAUGCGCAUGGACGAUUUUACUUUGAUAAAAGUAAUUGGCCGCGGCGCAUUCGGAGAGGUGCAGUUGGUUAGACACAAAUCUACACAAAAAGUUUACGCUAUGAAAUUACUUAGUAAAUUCGAAAUGAUUAAAAGAUCGGAUUCCGCAUUUUUUUGGGAAGAAAGAGACAUAAUGGCUCACGCAAAUUCACCAUGGAUAGUCCAGCUUCACUUUGCGUUCCAAGAUCAAAAGUAUCUUUACAUGGUGAUGGAUUACAUGCCGGGCGGGGAUCUGGUUAACUUAAUGUCGAAUUACGAAGUGCCAGAGAAAUGGGCAAAAUUUUAUUGUGCCGAAGUGGUGCUCGCAUUGGACGCGAUACAUAACAUGGGUUUCGUUCAUAGAGAUGUGAAACCGGACAACAUGUUGCUCGAUAGACAUGGCCAUUUGAAACUUGCCGACUUUGGCACAUGUAUGAGGAUGGAUGUUGAUGGUUUAGUGCGAUCUGAUACUGCGGUUGGUACACCCGAUUACAUAUCUCCAGAGGUUCUGCAGUCACAAGGUGGAGAAGGAGUGUAUGGUCGCGAAUGCGACUGGUGGUCUGUUGGUGUAUUUUUGUAUGAAAUGUUAUUUGGUGAUACACCGUUUUUUGCCGAUUCUCUAGUUGGCACAUAUUCUAAGAUCAUGGAUCACAGGAAUUCGCUGUACUUCCCUCAAAAUGUUGAGAUAUCUCACUCAGCGAAAAACUUAAUAUGUGGCUUCCUCACCGAUAGAACAAAGCGCCUGGGUCGCAAUGGCGUCGACGAAAUUAAAAGUCAUCCAUUUUUUAAGAAUGAUCAAUGGACCUUUGACAAUCUAAGGGAAUGCGUACCGCCAGUAGUACCCGAGCUUUCCGGAGACGAUGAUACCAGCAAUUUCGAUGAUGUCGAUAAGGAGGAUGGACCAGAGGAGAGUUUUCCAGUACCUAAAGCUUUUUCCGGAAAUCAUCUACCUUUCAUUGGAUUCACUUAUUCUGGUGAUUACCAACUAAUGGUUUCUUAUGGCAAGGAAUCCGUGGAUGGUCUUGAGAAUCACGUCAACAAUGGUACUACCGACGAUAUCAAGAUCUCGCAGUUAGAGAAUUUACUGGAACGAGAGAGGCGGCAGGUGGAGACGAUGGAGUCGAGACAGAAGGCACUAAACACGCAAUUGGAAACGAUGGCAUGUCGAGAGGCUGAGCUGCGCGAGGAAGUUGGCAGGGCGGAUAAGGAGUUGACACUACUCAGGCACAACUAUAAAGAGGCGCAACGCAGAGUAGAGCACGAGACAGAGACUCGUCGUAAGGCGGAGUCACUGUUGGUCGAGGUAAAGAAGAAAUUCGAUGAGGAGCAGACAAGACGGGCGCGAGAUGCUAGCAACUCGCAGCAGACAUCCGAGCGAGUGACAACAUUGGAGAAACAGAUCAAAGAGAUGCAAUGCAAACUGGAGAGAGAAACGGAAACAGUUACGAGAUUGCGCAAGCAAGCGACGGAGAUCACUGUGGCGCGUCAAGCCGCUGAGCAAAUGGCGAACGAGUUGCAAGUUGCUCGAGCUCAAUUGCAAGCACAGCGUGAUAACUUACAACAAGAAGUUGCUGGUCUCCAGGGCCAGCUUUCCAAGGAACGUAGUUCAAGAUCGCAAGCAUCAUUAUUGACGGCCGAAUUAGAGACUCGUCUUUCUACUUUACAUCUCGAGUUAGAACGUAGCCAUGAGAAAGAGGAGAAGGCGACUCUGGACAACAGGCAACUAACCGAAAGAGUUUCUGCGUUGGAGAAAGAAGCUGCUAGUUUAACUUUGGAACUGAAAGCCGCGCAAGCCAGAUACAAUCAGGAAGUUAUGGCGCAUCAAGAAACGGAACGUUCGCGCAUUCUUUCCAAAGAGGAAGCCAAUCUGGAAGUUGUGAAAGGGCAAAAGAAUGGAAUUUUUAAAGUAAAAUUAAACGAGGAGAAAAGUGGAAGACAACGUGCGGAAUUACUUGCACAGGAAAAGGAACGUCAAACGUCAAUGCUCUCUGUCGAUUAUAGACAGAUACAGCAACGAUUGCAGAAAUUAGAGGGUGAACACAGGCAAGAGAUGGAGAAAGCCAAAGUUUUGCAGGGCCAAGUUGAACAGGAGCAGCAGAAAAGAAACGUUCUACAGACUGAAUUAGGUCAGCAAACGUCCGAAGCUGGCAGACUUCGCGCUCGCGAGCAACAAUUAGUCGGAGAAGUUGCUCAGUUGAGAGAAGCUAAGCGGCAAAUAGAAGAAGAGUUACAUCACUUGAAAACACAAAGAAAUGUCGAUCAGCUACAGACGAAGGAACUACAGGAGCAAUUGGAAGCCGAAGCUUAUUUCUCGACUCUAUACAAAACACAAACCCAAGAGUUGCGCGAAGAGUUGGAUGAGAAAAUAAGGUUGCAACAAGAAUUGGAAGAAGAACGUAGCUCUCUUGUCCAUCAGCUGCAAUUGUCGUUGGCGCGCGGUGACAGCGAAGCUCUGGCCAGAUCUAUAGCUGAGGAAACUGUGGCGGACUUGGAGAAAGAAAGAACCAUGAAAGAGCUAGAGUACAAAGACGGAGUAACUAAGCAUCAUCAAGAAUUAAGUUCGAAGGAACAGAUCAUAAACAGACUUAAAGAGAACGAGAGUGAAUUCAAAAAAUCAGUUGAUCAAACUCUGAAGGAAAAAGAAGACUUGAGCAAGCGAUAUAAGGAAUUGCAGGAACAACUUGGUAAAGCACAAUCCAACGUAGAGGAAAUUGACAAGCUAAGCAGCAAGCUGAAAACGGAGCAACUAUUGAAGCAGCAGGCAGUCAACAAGUUAGCCGAGAUUAUGAACCGAAAGGAUCUUUCGUCAAGUGGAAAGAAUAAGAAUAAAGCGUCCGCCGCAGAUCUGAGGAAGAAGGAAAAAGAUUGCAGGCGUUUGCAACAAGAACUCACUCAAGAGAGGGAGAAAUAUGGACAACUGGCAGCUAAAUGGCAAAAGGAUUUGCAGGAUUUGCAAGCGCAACUUGUAGAGGAGAAUCAAGCGAAGCUGAGGUUGCAGAUGGAACUUGACUCGAAAGACUCGGAGAUAGAAACACUGCAAAUGAAAAUUGCGUCGCUUAACUCAGAAACUGCAAGUGUCUCGUCUAUAGAGAAUGACGACGGUGAAGACUCUGUCCUCUCUGAGCACGGUACAAUGAGAUUGGAGGGUUGGUUAAAUGUGCCAAAUAAGCAAAAUAUUAAGCGGCACGGUUGGAAGAAGCAAUACGUUGUUGUUUCUUCCAAGAAGAUAAUCUUUUACAACAGUGAAAAUGAUAAAAUGAACGCUGAUCCAGUCCUGAUAUUAGACUUGAAUAAAGUCUUCCAUGUUAGAUCUGUUACUCAGGGUGAUGUUAUCCGAGCCAAUGCCAAAGAUAUACCCAGAAUAUUUCAGUUACUCUAUGCUGGUGAAGGCGAAGCAAGACGGCCCGGUGACGAGGGGAAUACACUGCCUGGAGUGGAUUUACCACAGCUCACAGAUAAACCUGGUACUCAGUCGCUGAAAGGCCAUGAGUUCGUGUCAAUAUCUUAUCACAUGCCAACGACUUGCGAAGUCUGUUCAAAGCAACUAUGGCACAUGUUUCGGCCUUCGCCAGCCCUUGAAUGCCGAAGGUGCCGUAUUAAAGUUCACAAGGAACAUUUGGAUAAAAAAGAAGAUGCCAUAGCCCCGUGCAAACUACACUACGACCCGAAUAGCGCCCGCGAGCUAUUGUUACUCGCAGCUAAUCCUGAGGAUCAAAAGUAUUGGGUCUCGCGGUUGUCCAGGCGCGUCCAAAAAUGUGGCUAUAAGGCGAACUCGCAUGUGGAUGGCACGGGACAGCGCGUCUCGCCAAGGGAAUCUACAAGGUCAACCUUGAAGCCGUACUUAUCGGUGCAACAACGAUCUGCAACAUUACCAGCGAACGCUAGUAUGGGCAAGUGAUCCUGGAAGAGGCUAGUACUGGCGAUUUAAAAAAAAACUCCGGUCACGAUCUGAUGUCCCACUUCUUUCGAUAAUGAUGUCAGUGGAAAUAUCGAGCCAUCGUAACCAAUUAUCAUGACCUCGCGAUUUUCUCUACGCACCUGAUGACCGCAGUAGACUAUCAAUAAUUUCCUAGAUUGAGAGCAAUCGAAAUAGCGAUCGCGAUUGUAAUAUUACUAUUUGCAGCUAAGAGUAAGUGUGAAAUCCAAGUUCGAAAAUCGCUGGAGAAAACAGGGUUACUUAUAUACCGGAUGAUAAACGGAUAUGAUAAGGAAUAUGGGAGGAAAAGGAAAGACAGAGAUAGAGUACCGUGUCCACGGACUCUUUGCACGCCAUUGUCGUUUUCGGAACGAUAACAUAGAAUCACAGAGAUAAGCUGUGUUCUUCGGAAUUGCUAAGAUAGUUUAUUCGUGAGCGACGAUAAAAGUGUAAUAAUCUUUUUGUACAUUGUAUUCAUCAUACUCACGAUAGACUGUAGAAUAUUUUUUCGAAGGAUAAUCGAAUUUCUGUGAUGAUUUUCCUGAUUGGAACAUACUCGACUUUGUACGCACAUUUCUUACUGCCUUUGAUAA